CGCGCUGUAACGAUAAUUAUUUCAAAAGAGAUAGAAAAAUAAACUAGAGUCUGUUUUUUUUACUCCUUUCAAUGUCGUCGAGAUACUCGGGCGUCAGUUUGUUGGGCAUUCUGCUCUUUGCGGCGGCAAUCCAAUGCGUUCCAAAAUUUGAAUCCGGAGGAGGAUUCAUGCCUAGUUCGGUCGAUUUUAUGAGAAAAUCUGAUAAUACCGAAGAUCAAGUAGCGAUGCCAUCGCAAUCGCGAAGUACCGAAGCAGCAUCACCUGAAUCCGGAGAAACUUUGAAGCGUUCCGUAGCUGAAGAAAACGACGUCUCUAAUCGCGAGCAAGAACCACGUUUCGGUUUUACCAACAUUGGCACUACGGGGACUGGCUACGGAGGAGUCUCCAGUUAUGCUCCAACGAAAGUAGACUUGGGCGGGGUACUUUUAGGGGCGGUUAUCGGUGUGGGAACGAUUCUCGUGAUUCCGAAGCUGCUUUAUCUAUUUUCUGGAUCUUACGGAGCCUACGCCAGGAGUGAUGAGGGAGGAAUUACCCAGACGAUGGCGCGUCUUGACGACGCUCUGGCUCGUUACGGAGUGGAUACGACCUCUUGUAUGCAAAGGGCCGUUUGCACCUAUUCAAAACAAGCCGCGACUGCUAUCCGCGAGCAAGAAAAAGGUCUGUUGGGGGAAGAGGAUAUAUCUUCCAUGGACAAGGUCAUCGACUCGGUCACGACGAACCAAAUAUUCCGCACCGCCAUGGAAGGCACCGCCAUCCAGGAGGCUGUACAGCACGGCAGGGAUGGAAGGGAUUGUCCAAGGAUAUAUUCACACUGUGGGCUUUCCCUCGAAGCUCUUCUUGCUCUAUUCACCACAAUGAUGACGGCACCUUCUGCACCUGCGAGCAAUGUCGGACCUUCAGCACCUUCGACUUAGACUCUUUACUUUGUAGCAUGAUUAAACGAUAUACCUUGGGCUUAUCAUAAAGAAGACAAAAAUGAAUUGUCCCAUUAUCAAGAUAUUUUUUUUUUUUCUUUUUUUGUUGUUCAAGAAUACGAUUAGGUAUAUUGCUGCGGAUAAGUAUGGUACGAUGGAGAAGUAUAAAGAUUGAGAAGACGACGAAGGCUUAAUUUUGUAACGAUUUUUUACUCCGUGAAGUUUAUAAUUUUGGAAUCUAUUUACAGAAUAACAUAGGCGGUGAAUUCCCAAUGAUUGGAAAACCGUUGGAGCCUGAGUUCGUCUCACAAUAUGGAAAUACAAAAGCAUUACGUUGCAGAUAACAUUAUCGUAUUCGCACAUUGUUCGACAAUGGUUGUAUUCAACAUUGGGCAUUAUACGCUCAAAGUUACCGUUUAUAAAUUAUUCGAAUGUAGCAAUAUAACUUUGAAUAUCAACAAUAAAAUUUCAUUCUUUGUACAAUA